GGCAGGUGGGGGCGGGCCCAGGUAGCAGGUUCGGCUGCGCGGGGGCCGCGCGUCGGAGGUUGAGGAUGGUUUUGCACGACAACCUGGAGUUCUGUAGUUGAAAGGUGCGCCCUGUUGCGACAGAAUUCCUAAGCAUCACAUACGGCGUGAGGCUCCACGGAGACUACUUCCAUUCCUGGAUUUGAUUCUUAGGCGUUUUGAUUGCUGUCUUCUUACAGAAUGGACACCAAAUUGCUCAAAACAUGCUUUGGGACUGCCUGUGACUUCAUCUUCUGUGGUUUUACAACAAACUUACAAGUAGUUCCAUUUUUUUUUGAGUCGAUGUUUUGAAGUGAGCGUCACCAUGAGUUCAGGCUUAUGGAGCCAAGAAAAAGUCACUUCGCCCUACUGGGAAGAACGGAUGUUUUAUUUGCUUCUUCAAGAAUGCAGUGUCACAGACAAGCAAACGCAGAAGCUCCUGAAAGUACCGAAGGGGAGCAUAGGACAGCACAUCCAAGACCGGGCCGUGGGACACGCCAGGAUGCCUUCGGCCAAAGGCAAGAAAAAUCAGAUUGGAUUAAAAAUUCUAGAGCAGCCUCAUGCCGUUCUCUUUGUGGAUGAGAAGGAUGUUGUGGAAAUAAAUGAGAAAUUCACAGAGUUACUCCUGGCGAUCACCAACUGCGAGGAGAGGUUCAGCCUGUUUAAAAACAGGAGCAGACUAAGUAAAGGCCUCCAGAUCACCGUGGGCUGCCCCGUGAAGGUGCAGCUUCGGUCUGGGGAGGAGAAGUUCCCUGGGGUGGUGCGCUUCAGGGGCCCCUUGCUGGCAGAGAGGACGGUGUCCGGCAUCUUCUUUGGAGUCGAAUUGCUGGAAGAAGGUCGUGGCCAAGGUUUCACUGAUGGGUUAUAUCAAGGGAAACAGCUAUUUCAGUGCGAUGAAGAUUGUGGGGUGUUCGUUGCCUUGGACAAGCUAGAAAUCAUAGAAGAUGAUGACAAUGGACUGGAAAGUGAUUAUGCAGGUCCAGUGGACAACAUGCAGGUUGAACUUCCCCCUUUGGAAAUAAACUCCAGAGUUUCUUUGAAGGUUGGAGAAACUAUAGAAUCUGGAACGGUUAUAUUCUGUGAUGUCUUGCCAGGAAAAGAAAGCUUAGGAUAUUUUGUUGGUGUGGACAUGGAUAACCCUAUUGGCAACUGGGAUGGAAGAUUUGAUGGAGUCCAGCUUUGUAGUUUUGCGAGUGUGGAAAGUACAAUUCUCCUGCACAUCAACGACAUCAUCCCAGAUAGCGUGACACAGGAAAGGAGACCUCCCAAACUUGCCUUUAUGUCCAGAGGUGUUGGGGACAAGGGUUCAUCCAGUCAUAGCAAACCAAAGGCUACAGGAUCUACCUCAGACCCUGGAAAUAGAAACAGAUCUGAAUUAUUUUAUACCUUAAAUGGGUCUUCUGUUGACUCACAACCACAAUCCAAAUCAAAAAAUACAUGGUACAUUGAUGAAGUUGCAGAAGACCCUGCGAAGUCGCUCACAGAGCUCUCUCCAGACUAUGGCCAUUCUUCGCCGCCCCUGCAGCCUCCCUCCAUGAACUCCUUAUCCAGCGAGAACAGAUUUCACUCCUUACCGUUCAGUCUGACCAAGAUGCCCAACACCAAUGGAAGCAUUGGUCACAGUCCGCUUUCUCUGUCCGUUCAGUCUGUGAUGGGAGAGCUAAACAAUGCCCCUGUCCAGGAGAGCCCACCCCUGCCUAUGUCUUCCAGCAACUCGCACGGUCUAGAAGUGGGCUCACUGGCUGAAGUGAAAGAGAAUCCACCCUUCUAUGGGGUAAUCCGCUGGAUUGGUCAGCCUCCAGGACUCAAUGAAGUACUAGCUGGACUGGAACUGGAGGACGAAUGUGCAGGUUGCACAGAUGGAACCUUUAGGGGCACGCGGUACUUCACCUGCGCCCUGAAGAAGGCGCUGUUUGUUAAACUGAAGAGCUGCAGGCCUGACUCCAGGUUUGCAUCACUGCAGCCCGUCUCCAACCAGAUUGAACGCUGUAACUCUUUAGCAUUUGGAGGCUACUUAAGUGAAGUAGUAGAAGAAAAUACUCCACCAAAAAUGGAGAAAGAAGGUUUAGAGAUAAUGAUUGGAAAGAAGAAAGGUAUCCAGGGCCAUUACAAUUCUUGUUACUUAGACUCCACCCUAUUCUGCUUGUUUGCUUUUAGUUCUGUUCUGGACACUGUGUUAUUGAGACCCAAAGAAAAGAAUGAUGUCGAAUAUUAUAGUGAAACGCAAGAGCUACUGAGGACAGAAAUUGUUAAUCCUCUGCGAAUAUAUGGAUAUGUGUGUGCCACAAAAAUUAUGAAACUGAGGAAAAUACUUGAAAAAGUUGAGGCUGCAUCAGGAUUUACCUCUGAAGAAAAAGAUCCUGAAGAAUUCUUAAAUAUCCUAUUUCAUCAUAUUUUAAGGGUAGAACCACUGUUAAAAAUAAGAUCGGCAGGUCAAAAAGUACAAGAUUGCUACUUCUAUCAAAUUUUUAUGGAAAAAAAUGAGAAGGUUGGAGUCCCUACAAUUCAGCAGCUGUUAGAAUGGUCUUUCAUCAACAGUAACCUGAAGUUUGCAGAGGCACCAUCAUGUCUGAUUAUUCAGAUGCCUCGGUUUGGAAAAGACUUUAAACUAUUUAAAAAAAUUUUUCCUUCUCUGGAAUUAAAUAUAACGGAUUUACUUGAAGACACUCCCAGGCAGUGCCGAAUCUGUGGGGGACUUGCAAUGUAUGAGUGUAGAGAAUGCUACGACGACCCGGACAUCUCGGCUGGGAAAAUCAAGCAGUUUUGUAAAACCUGCAACACCCAGGUCCACCUUCAUCCCAAGAGGCUUAAUCAUAAAUACAACCCAGUGUCGCUCCCCAAAGACUUACCGGACUGGGACUGGAGGCACGGCUGCAUCCCCUGCCAGAAGAUGGAGUUGUUUGCAGUCCUCUGCAUAGAAACCAGCCAUUACGUUGCUUUUGUGAAGUACGGCAAGGACGACUCGGCCUGGCUCUUCUUUGACAGCAUGGCUGAUCGCGAUGGGGGUCAGAAUGGCUUCAACAUUCCUCAGGUCACCCCCUGCCCGGAAGUCGGAGAAUACUUGAAGAUGUCUCUGGAGGACCUGCAUUCCUUGGACUCGAGAAGAAUCCAGGGCUGUGCGCGAAGGCUUCUGUGUGACGCCUACAUGUGCAUGUACCAGAGUCCCACCAUGAGCCUGUACAAGUGACUGCCCAGGGGAAGACCCCAGCACACGCUGCACGUCGCAUCUCCCCGGAGCUGGCCGUUGUGCUGAGCGUCCAUUGCCGGCAAUGGAUGUCCGCGUGGUGGUGACCUCUCCGAACGGAGUCCUGCGUUCCAAAACACAUUGCUUUUGUGUUACUGAAGUAUUUAAUAAGAAGCAUUUUGCACUCUAGAAAGUAUGUUUGUGUUGGUUUUUUAAGAAGUCUAAAUGAAGUUAUUAAUACCUGAAGCUUUAAGUUAAGUGCAUUGAUCAUACGAUAUUUUUGGAAGCAUACAAUUUUAAUUGUGACAGUUUCAAACCUCUUUAGUCCAUUGAGAAUGUAAAUAAAUGUGUCUUCUUUAUGGACCAACAAUAUGAAAUCAUUUUUCCUUUGCAGCUAACGGUUGCCUGGAGGGAGAAAUAGUUUGAUUUUAUUCAGAGCCUAACUUUCAGUCAAGUUAUUCACGAUGUGCUGAGUUUGAUUUGUUGCUUCUUUCCUAGAUAGCGCUGGCCCCUGCAUGUCUGCAGCCUGCUGACUUUCUGUGUUUCUGCAGUCGUGGUCAGGAAAUACUUAGAUUCCCCUCCUGUGUGCUGUGUUCUCUUCGUCCUGGUUUUGAGAUAAGUGAGUGCUUCUGUCCUAAAAUGUCCCUUUCUGAUGUAACUGUCCUGGAGGAUGGGGGUGCACGGCCGGCGGAGCUCUUGGGUCCGUGCGUGCGUGCGGUGACUGGCUGCUCUCAGCGUUUCUGAUGUCGAGGCUCCGUGUCAGGCAGUUGGGCUCAGCACCCUUUAUGAAAAGACUGGAGCAAUAAGCACAUAUUAUGUUCCUAAACAAAUAGUCCAUAACAAUUAAUUCGGUGUAUAGAGUGAUGUAUUAAGAUUUUCCUGAAAGAUGUGCUGGAGUUUUCAAACCUGUGCAGAACUGAAGUUGGGUUAGCCGGCCGCUACCUUUACUAGAAUCAGGUUGGAUUCAUCUGAGAUCAUGGCCCCUAAGAAUCGGAUAUUUUAUUGAAAUGCUAGUAGCAGCUUCAUCCUCCUUCAGAUUAAUUAAGCAGAAGAUGGUCGCUUCCCUUGUGUGUGUGUAGGGCGUGGAGCAGAACCACAGACUAUCAGUGUCAGUGCCGUGCGGUGUUGAUUCUCUGGGUGUUGUUUUGUGCUGUUGUCGUCUUUCUGGACUGACUUCCUGAACUUGCAGAAAGACAGGAAAAAUGUCCUGUGCACCUGGCGUACAACUUCCUAAAUCGGGAAUGUCCACGAAGGCGGAAAGAAUCUUCACGAACCCUGCAGUUAGUGUUUCAGAGGUACUUCUACGCCUUGGUCUCAUCAGUCCAUUUUACUGAUAUUUAUUAGCUUAUGAACCAUAAUGAGGCACCAAAAUGCACCUUGUGAUUUUUCCAGUUUGGCAGUGUAAAAUUGCAUACAGUUCACAAGGGUUUGUGCUGUGAAAUGCUUCGGUUGGGGUGGCGAGGGGAUUAUGGGGCGGGCAUUGAGGCUGAGGGGCCGUCUGGAAGUCCCCAUGUACUAUGUGUUGAGUAAAGCCCAGGCUGAGUGAGCUCCUCAGUGUGCUUUUAAGAGAUUGGAGGAAUGAGUAGGAGUCUGAGUACAGGUUUAACAUUAGAGGGAGGAGGAGACAGCGGUCCUUCUUUCCGGAAAUGGCAACAGUACAACCUGAGACUUGAACUGACUGUGCGGGUGUGUGCAUGGUUUCCGAGGUCCGUCACAACUUCUGAUGCCAUUGCAGGUGGGGCUUUCUGCCCUGACUACCAGGGGCAGAGAGCGCUCAGUGGCGGGUGCCGAGGGCCAGCUCUGGGGCUUCCUUCCCUUGCUCCCGAGUGCCACAGGCCAGCCAGGAACCUCCUCACCCCAGCUGGCCCUGUGGCCCCCACUGUUCCUGCAGAGCCUCGUUUGUCAGGUGGGGUGUUGUCAGGCCCGGGCUGCGUGGCACAGGUGGACACUGUCCCUGCCAGUUGAUUUCUUUUUCUGCCUUAAAUUUUCUUUAGUAUUUUCCUGUUGGGUUUUUAAAUGUUUUGCUUAUUUUUUUCGCCUUAUAUCUAGAAUCAAGAUGACAGUAUAGUAGAAUUAUCUUAUUUAUAUUUUGGUUCAUGAUUCAUAGCUACAAAUAGAUAAUAUCACAAGACAUGUUUCCCCUGCUCCAACUAAAUACACGUAUGUAUGUGUGUUUAUAUAUAUAGAUAUAUGGAGAGAGAGAGAGAAAGAGAGAGAGAGAGAACAAACCACGUUGUACUGUAGAGACUAGAUAUGUCCAGUUCCUCACUAUCAGCUUUAUAAAGGAGUUUGACCCACCCAUAAAAGAAUGUUUUAUAAGACUGGGAAAACAUGUUGAAAACCAAGACAAACAGUAAUCGGUAUAGUUUGUUACAGUUGUUAAGGUUUUCUUCUGAGAAUAGUUGAGGAUUUUUAUAGUUUCUAUUUACCAAAUGUUAUAGGUAAAUGGCCAAGUUCUUCCUGUUCCUCCUUUUUUUUUCCCAUGUAAUUUGAGAACAAGGAGAGAGAGUUUAAUAAUUGAUGUAGUGCCAACCCAAUUCCUGGUUUAUUGUCAUAAACUCAGCACUCCCCGCCCCUUUGUGGGAGCUCAGUGUCAGGACAGAUAAAUCUGCAUCUACACGGAUGAUCAUGGGUGGAGAUGCGAGGGGAGAAUACAGUGUCCGUCCUCAGCUGAGCGGCGCCACUGCGUGUGUGCUGGGUGCCUAGGAACUCCAGCAGGUCUGGAGGAAGCUGGGGAGGCCGUGGAGCUGACAGAACGGUGCGGGGGUAGGGGGAGGCUGAGGGGCCGAGACCUGGGUCUGGCCCUGUGUCUGUCUCCUGUUCUGCAGCCUUAGGCAGCAUCUUGACUUCCUGUGCUUUCCUUUCCUCUUUGAUGUAACAAGGGAGUUGGACUAUUGAGCUGAAUAGAUGAAAGAAUGCGAAUUCUUGGGCCUCCAGCCGUGCCUGGUGAAUCUGACUGUUCCUGCAGGGACCUGGGGACUGUUAGUGCAAAGCUCACUUAAUGUGAAAGGCAGAGAGAGAGAGAGAAUCUUCUAUCUGCUGGUUUAAUCCCCAAAUAGCCACAGUGGCCAGAGCUGUGCCGAUCUGAAACCAGGAGCCAGGAGCUUCUUCCAGGUCUCCCACACUGGUGCAGGGGCUCAAGGACUUGGGCCAUCUUCUGCUUUCCCAGGCCAUAGCAGAGAGCUGGUUUGGAAGUGGAGCAGCUGGGACUUGAACCAGCGCCCGUAUGGAAUGCCAGCACUGCUGGUGGCGGCUUAUCCGUACAACUCUGGCCCCGUGUUGUUGUGUUAAUCAUUCCACAUAAUUGGGCAAUUGGCUGUUUCUCACAUUGUUUAUCUUGUGCACGUGUGGAUUUAUGUAGGAGAUGCAUCUUAGUAAAUAGACCUGAACCUGCUGCUCCCUAGCGGUGUCUGGAGCACAGGUACAUCUUUUUUUUGAACACUUUCCUUCCAAUUGGAUUUCAUUAGGGGAAAUUGAGGCUGUAGGAGCCGAAUAAAUAGAAAAAAUUCUCAUGCAAAAUUAAAGGGAAAAUAUCCCAUUAUUGUCAUUUGCUACUUUAUGAUGAAAAUUUAAAAAUGAUAUGGGAGAAUUUUCCUCUGGGGUGGCAGGCUUCUCAUCAUAAAGGGUGUCCUUGGGAAAGUCACCGGUCCGGUGGCGUGCUAUGAAAAAGAAGGGCACCUUCUCUUGGGAUUGGUGACAUGAACAGUGCAUCCACAACUCUCUCUUUUAUUUAUUAAUUUUUUUAAGAUUUAUUUAUUCCUUUGAAAGGCAGAGUUACAGAGAGGCAGAGAGAGAGAGGCCUUCCAUCUGCUCGCUCAUUCCCCCAGUGGCUGGAGCUGUGCUGAUCUAAAGUCAACAGCAAGGAGCUUCCUCUGGGUCUCCCACGUGGUGUAGGGGCCCAAGUCCUUGGGCCAUCUUCUACUCCUUUCCCAAGCCACAGCAGAGAGCUGGAUGGGAAGUGGAGCAGCCAGGACUCGAACUGGCACCCACACAGAAUGCCAGCAUUGCAGGUGGAGGCUUUACCUGCUAUGCCACAGUGCCAGCCCCCAUAACUCUCUUAUGAUGGUUAUUUUUGUUAUUUAUUUGAAAGGCAGUGUGACAGAGGUAUAAGGGGUGGGGGUUUGGGAUAUAGGGAGAGAGACAGGGAGAGCUAUCUUUCUUCUUCUGAUUCACUCCCUAAAUGGCUGCAACAGCCAGGGCUGGGCCAGACCAAAGCCACAAGCCAGGAACUCCACUUGGGUCUUCUACAUGGUUGGCAGGAACCCAAGGACUUGGGCCAUUAUCUGAUGCCUCCCAGGAACGUUCUCGGGGAGCUGGGUUGGAAGUGGAGGUGGGACUUGAUCCCAGGCACUUCCAUACGAGACAUGGGUGUCCCAAGCGGUGGCUUAACCUGCUGCAUCACAGUGCCCCCACCCGCACAGUUCUCCCUUGAUGCAAAGAAUACUUGAGUUCUCCAAAGCGAGUAGUGCGUGAAAGAGAAGAGGGGAUGUUAAAAUGGAAACUAGCGUGCAAGAGAGGCUGGGAGAACAAAGGUGUGGGCCGAGCCCGCUUGUGCAGGUGUGCGUGGGGCCGUGUGGACCAGGGUGCUCUCUCUCUCUCUCUCAGGCCCUUAUGCCGUGGUUCUCCUUUGAGACAGCUUUCUGGGUGAAGGCUUUUCCUCUUACUCUAGACCCUGGGGCAGCUGAAUGGUUUCUCUAGUGUCGGAAGGCAGUGGGACUGGUAUCAACAGAUGUGACCGAGGACAGUGAGAAAGCGGGAAGGAAACAGCUUCCUCUUUGAGUCCUAGUCAACAGCAGUGUUGGUAGCCAGGCCGCUCCAGAACCCUGCAGCCCUUCCCAGCCCUCUGUCUUGGCAGUGAGGGCGAUUCUGUGUCACCACACUCUCAUUGCUGGGCAUCACACAUCACAGAGGUCAGGGAGGAGGGCCAGCCCCGCAGCUUCCAGCCUAACCCUCCUGGACCGGAACUCCCGGCCGCUUCCACUGUGCAGGGAUCCUGGAGUGCUUGUGCUGGAGGCUCCGCUGUUCUGGGUUGUCGUAUAAAAGGAGCUGGUACUGAGGGCUCGGGAGCCCGGACGGGCUCGGCAUCACAGACAUUUCUGUGAUGAGACAGCCACGUUGGCGACUUCCCAGGGAAGUCGAGCUGUAUGUAGGCGCUCCGAGCAGAGGAGCACUUGUUGUACUGAAUUUCCCAGUCCUGGUAUCGCGGUGAAUAUUUUUAAAUUUUUUUUUUUGCCUGAAGAACAUCCUAUAUUUAUGAAAACAUUCUCAAUACACCACAGAAAAUAUCCCUUUACUAUCAGAUUCCUCUGAUUUAGCCUUAAUUUUGUUAAAUUUUUUUAGAGAUGAAUGAAAUGCUGCUGUGGAAAGAAAUGUACUCUGUACUAUUUCUUGUGUCAUUAAAAUGAGAUUUUUAUGGUUC